UGUUUUUUUUCUCGUUUAACCAAAAUGGAAUUGAGAUAAAAAUUACAAUAUUUUUUAUGUUUUAUAAAUACAAAAUUUCUUGUCAGAUAUCUAAAUUUAUAAGAAUUUAAUUACAAUGCCUCCUAAGGUAGCCAAAACCGCUAAUAUCAGUGGUGAUACAAUAGAAUCUAAGAAAAUUACGAAUGCAGCGAUUUGCGGGAUACCCUCUCCAGGACCAAAAUACAAAUUGAAAACGCUCGUUGGUCACGAAGAUCAUUGUAUUUCGAAGUAUCGAAAUCCGGCAUACACGUUUGGUAUAAGACGUAUGCCUGAAGACACAUGUAAAAGUCCUGGACCAAAAUAUAUGCUUCCAGAAGAAAAACUAAAAGGUUUUACUCAUGGAUUCUUGUUAAAAACCACAGAUAAAACUUGUGGACCUGGUCCGAAAUAUUUUAUACCAAGUCCCCCAAGCGGUCCUAUGUUUUCUCUAGGAUGGCGUACCAAAUACAGAAGUGAUUGUGCAUCACCUGGACCUUAUGACAUAAAGAGCAUCUUUCCUGGACCAAGCUUUACCAUAGGAAUACGUCUUCCUGAUCUCAAAUGUAUUGGUGGACCAGGACCUUCUGGCAUGUAUACAUUGGAUGUGAUUAAACCAAGAUCACCAAUGUUUAGUUUAGGUUUUCUUCAUCCCGAUAAAGAUAUCUGUAAGAGUCCAGGACCUAAAUAUGAUCCCAAAUUAUUAGAUCUAUCACCAAAGUUUUCUUUUGGAAUGAAGCAUAGUGUUUGUGCACCACCGUACAUAGUCGAGUGUGAUGACAAAUGUUAAACGAAAAAUUUAUCGAUCCAAGACUUUUAGAAACUGUUCCGAUUAUUUUUUUCUAAUAGAAAACUGCCGUUCAUAUGAACUAUCAUCAAUAAAGUAAAUAAUUUUAGUAAAUAA